CUCACCAAUCCGAUCCUUCUUCUCCUUUAAUCGCCUUCUUUCUCCACUUCAUCUCAGGGGCCGGCACCCGUCAGAGUUUGUAAUCGCCAUCCUACAGAAGUACAAGAAAUUUUUGCAGAAGAUGGUUGGACACAGGAGAGGUAGCAUUGCCUUCUUUGCAACCUAUCGAACACCGGUGCCACUAGACAUAUAUUCAUGCCCACUCCCACUUCCAAAGCCAGCAGAGAACGAUGAACUCCCCAUGAUUGAUGACAAAAAAGAUCAAUACAAUUACAAUGGCAGAGAAAUUCCGAAGGAUGCUCUCAAGAAACUUCUCAAGCACACAAGAUUGAAUUCGAAAACUGAAGGAAAAGAAGCAGAUGUAGAUAACGGUAAUCUUUCAGGCAUUGUUUUCGUCUCUGAGCGAAACAACCUUGAAUUGAUUCACGUAGCGCUUCGCUUUCAGAGCCCACCCAAAGUUGAAGUUUUCUGCUUAGCUGAUAUUUUUGGCGUAACCCCUGAUUUCGAUAAGGUUUGCUUGGAAGAUAGUGGUUGCUUUACUGAUAAUCAUCUCAUCUAUAUUAGCACCAAGGAACCAGCUAAGGAGCGUCGCCAGCCUUGGACUGCCGUUUAUCAAACCGAUCUCAAGACCGGAGAAACUAAACGUCUCACACCACCAGAGAUCGCUGAUUUAAGCCCGUCAGUGUCACCGUCCAAAAAGACGAUAGCUGUGGCAUCAUACCAGGAAAAGGAAGGUGGUUGGGAAGGUGAAAUCGAAGAUCUAAAGACUAACAUUUAUACCAUGGAUGUAAAAUCACCCCACACUCGCAAGAUGAUUGUAAAGAAUGGCGGUUGGCCGACUUGGGGAAGUGACAAUGUCAUAUUCUUCCACCGUAAGGAUGAUCCGAUAGAUCAUCCAAAAGGCGUUAAACUAUUUUGGAGUGUAUACCGAGUCGACAUUAGAACUGGUGUUAUAAACCGUGUAACUCCGGAAAAAAUCGAUGGGUUCACUCCGGUAGCCAUUGAUGAGAAUAGAGUGGCUGUUGUAACUGUUCGUGAAGUAUCGAAGGGGUUAGGCGCAGCACGUGAGGUUGACCAGUUUAGACAGAUUGAGAUUUUUGAUUCAAAUAACGAACACAGUACAAGAAUCACUCAGAAUACUACAUCAUCAAAAGCGGAUCACUUUAACCCCUUUCUGAUGGAUGGUGGGAAGCUCAUUGGUUACCAUCGUGGCAGGAGUGACAAACUCUCGUUUGACAAAGCUGUGGAAAGACCGUUUCAGACGCUUGACUCCUCACUACCAGAAGUAGGUCUAUUCAGAGUGUCAGGAGUUUUUCCAACAAUUUCCAAAGAUGGAAAAAGGCUUGCAUUUGUUGACAAUGAGUUCAAAGCUGUGUGGGUUGCUGAUGGUAAUGGAUUGCAUAUUGCGUACGAGGAGGACGGACCGGACAGACUCUUCUCCCCAGUUUGGAACCAGUGUGAGGACACAUUGUAUGUAUGUGUUGGACCUUCAUUUAACAAGAUAAUGAACGUGAACAUCAAUGCUAUCACCAAUGUAUCGAAGUAUAGACGUCAGUGUCAUGCGCUUACGGAUCAACACAAUAAUGCCUUCCCAUCUAGCAGUCCAGAUGGGAAGAAAUUAGUUUACCGAUCAACAGGGAAAGACGGAAACAAGAAUCUGUACAUAAUGGAAGAUUCAAAACGCGGGGUGAUCAACGGAAGGGAACCAAGAAGGCUAACAGAAGGGAACUGGACUGAUACACAUUGCCAAUGGUCGCCAAAGGGAGAUUGGAUAGUAUUUUCGUCAACCCGUGACAAGCCUGUAGGUGCACCAGACACAGACCAAGGUCUUGACCCAGGAUAUUUUGCGGUGUUUCUGGUGAAGUGGGAUAAUCCAGAUGUUUUGGUAAGAGUGAUGACCGGUGGAAGUAAUAUCUCAGGGCAUGUGAACCAUCCGUGCUUCAGUCCGGAUGGCCGUAGCAUUGUUGUGACUGCAGACCUUGCAGGCGUGUCUGUUGAUCCCAUAUCUUUGCCUCUGUUCGAGCACUCUGUGAGGUCUUAUGGAGAUAUUUUUUCUAUCGAUCUUCCCGAAGAUCACCUAAUAACAUACCAGGAUGGAAAUUACAAGGAUGGAAAACAUGUUAGGGAUGUGGAAAAAUUCACGCGAAUUACACACAGUAGGUACGAGUAUUCUACUGCUACUUGGACUAAGUUUGCGACUCAGGAUCCAAACAGAGCAUGGAGUAUGCGUUUGCCAGAAGGAGACUUCACUCCUUCAUGUCCUUAUCUUCAUCAAGAUGGAGGAGAAAGUUACCACAUGACUGGCCACCUGGUCCUACCAAGAAGAUGCUGUUGAUUGUGUUUGUGUUCCUUGUCUUUAAUUCUGCCUUUGUGUUUCUCUUAUGUUUUGAGGGUGAAUUUUUUUUUUGUCCAUGUAAGAUUUUGCUUGUGGUGUUUAAUGAAACUUAUGAAUGUUCUUUUUA